AUGCAUCGACUCCUCCGUGUGCAUGUAUUGCUGUGCUGUCUGGGUAUGGCCCGUCCCUUCUGUCCGUCCCAGUGUACCUGUGUCUUCCACGGACGCACCGACGGGACAGGAACCAGAUCCGUGCUCUGCAAUGACCCCGACUUGUCCGACAUCCCCGUCAACGUCCCCGUGGACACCAUCAAGCUCCGCAUCGAGAAGACGGCGGUACGGCGAAUACCGACGGAGGCGUUCUACUACCUGGUGGAGCUCCGCUAUCUCUGGAUUACGUACAACUCCAUAACCUCGGUGGAUACUGGGAGCUUCUACAACCUCAAGGUGCUGCACGAGCUCCGGCUGGACGGGAAUAUGAUCUCCAUGUUUCCCUGGGAGUCUCUCAAAGAAAUGCCCCGGCUGAAAACGCUGGAUCUCCACAACAACCGGCUGAGCAGCGUCCCCACCGAGGCCAUCCCCUACCUGCUCAACAUCACCUAUUUGGAUUUAUCCAGCAAUAAAUUAGCCACUCUGCCCUCCGAGCUGAUGGAUAUCUGGCCACCUUUCAACGGACAGCCAGUCUCCACUAACGCCUCCCAGAAAGUUGUAUUAGGCCUGCAGGAUAACCCCUGGUUCUGCGACUGUAAAAUCUCCAAACUAAUCGAGAUCUCCAAAAUGUCGGUGACCCCGGUGGUUCUGAUGGACCUGUUUCUGACCUGCGCCGGACCCGAGAACCUGGCGGGCGUCCUCUUCCAGCGCGCCGAGCUGGACAACUGCGUGAAGCCGUCGGUGAUGACGUCCGCCACCAAGAUCACGUCUCCUCUGGGGAGCAACGUCCUCCUGCGCUGCGACGCCACGGGACUCCCCACUCCGGUGCUCUACUGGUCCAAGAGAGACGGCUCGUCAGUCAACAACACAGUGCAAGAGUCUCCUGGAGACGGGGUUCGGUGGUCCAUCAUGAGCCUGCAUGGAAUAUCUCACAAAGAGGCGGGAGACUACAGCUGCAAAGCAAAGAAUGUUGCCGGCGACGCCGAAGCCACCAUUUCCGUCUCGGUCGCCGGGAUGAUGAGCACCACCGUCCCUCCGCCGAUGCCCGUCAAUGGAACCGGUCCCAUGAGCGUCGGCACCACACUGGUUCCCCAGACCGACGUAUCCAGCCCGGGCUCCGCCAUGUCCACCGCAGCGCCCAGGACGUCCACGCUAACGGUCACGGUCCGGAAGCCCAAAACCACUCCGAGCGCCGGUUUGCAGAAAGGAUCCUUCAAGCAAACCAAACCGCAGCCGGGAGGCGGCGGACGAAAGCUCGCAGCCGACGAGAAGAGCAAGAAAAGUGACGCGUCCAAGUCCGUCAAGGACCUGAAAGUGGUGGAGGAGACAGCCGACAGUGCGGUCCUGCUGUGGACGGCCGACGGGCUGCCCGGAGACACUCCCCUCACGGUGGUCUACUCACCCUACGGCGACGAAGACACUAAAAGGACCGUGGAGACGAACGCCGGCAGUGGGAAAGUGCUCCUGGAUGAACUGCUGCCCGGGAUGAGGUACUCGGUUUGCCUCGUGGCGAAAGGCAGCGACGCCGGGAAAGACCCCUGCACCGACUUUUACACGCUGGACACGGUGGAGGACGGCGGGCAGAACCAGCUCUUCAUGAUCAUCAGCGGCAUCGCCUGCGCUCUGGCGCUGCCGCUCAUCGGCCUGCUGCUCUACAAGAUCCUGGCCCUCUACUGCAAAGGGCCCAGCGCCGCUCUGGACGAGGAGGAGCUGGAGAAGGAGAGCUACGUCAAGUUCGAGACCAUUUCGAUGAAGCAGAGGACUUUGAACGCCCGCCCGACGGAGCUGUGGGCGCGGAGGCCCACUCACGAGUCGGAGCGGAUGCUGCUGUGCUCCCGCUCCAGCAUCGACUCGCAGAUGACCUACAAGAGCGACAGCUCUCGGUCCGAGUAUCUCUGCUGACGGCCGACUCUCAAGCCG